UUAAGUGCCAAAAACUAUUAAGUAACUAUUUUAGUAAAACAACUAGCAUAAAGAUUGCCAGUGUUGCUCAAAAUUAAAUAAGAAAUGUUCGGUUAAUGAAUUGUGAUGACUGUGAUAUAGUUGGUCAUAAAGAGAGUGAGAAAUAUUGUGAAAAAUGUUUAUUACUGCUAGAAAGUGGUUAAACACGUGAACAAAAUGACAUCCCUGCUGCAAGCUGUCAUUAUUUGCAUCGCUUUUCAGUUUAUUGGUACGGCGAACACUCUCAAAUCUCUGCAAAUACACGUCCCUAGAGCCAUUCUAACUGGCAGGGACGCUGAGCUAAUGUGUACUUACGAGUUGGAAGGAGCACAAUUGUACUCCAUACGAUGGUACAGAAACAUGAUAGAAUUUUAUCGAUAUGUGCCAAAGGAAUCGCCGGCUACAAAAGUCUUUCCCGUGGCGGAGAUAAAGGUCGAUGUUGCCGCUUCAGACCAGAAUCGAGUGGUGCUCACAGAAGUCGACAGAACAUUGACUGGAGAAUACCAGUGUGAAGUAUCUGCAGAUGCGCCUUUGUUUCAUACAGAUAUCAAAGCUGCAGAAAUGGUAGUUGUAGAGCCGCCGUUACUAAGUCCCAAUGUAACCGCUGACCGCGUGUCCUACGUCGGCGGGGAUCACAUACGAGUAAACUGCUCAUCCCCGCCAUCCCUACCCGCUGCCAAUAUCACUUGGUUUGUCAACGAACAAAUGGUGCCAGGAUUCACAGCGAACCAUGUGUUCAACUUUAGUAACGGCUUUGCUUCAAGCUUAGCUACAUUAGAACUGGAGGCCACUGCAUUAUCGCCGGUGCCUACGCUUAUGAUUCGAUGUGAAGCAUCAAUAUUCGAUAUAUGGAAAGCAACUAGUCACACUAUUGUGUUGAGGGAACGUAGUGCAAAUCCUGCUUCUGCAUUAGGAAGAAGUUUUACAGGAGCAGCUACUGAAACUUGUCUACCAACAAUUGUGAUGUUACUUUUACAAAUUCUACUGCAGUUUUUGAUGCAAAAUUAUACAGAAACAUCUAUAAGAUAGCUGACUUAUAAUCUGUAUACAGUUGUUCUUUAAUGGUUAUUGUUAUAAGUGAAUAUAUUAUUG